GGGUGAUAUGAUGAAAAUGGUCAUCUUCGUCACAUUUACACCUUGCAUUGUGAGCAUUUGUGGCUCUUUACUACGCGGUCAAUCGGCUACCGAGAACAUGGAGUGGUCAACGAUUUAUGUGGCAUUCUUUUCACUGUUUUAUAUCGUUGAACUACUCUUUAUGUUAUGCUACUUUGGCAAUGUGUUGACGACAAGUCUGGAAUUGGUCCAAGAAUCAGUAUACGACUCAAAAUGGUAUACGUAUCCGCUGAAUAUGCAAAAAGAUUGUGCAUUUAUGAUGCGUUCCGCUCAAUCGCCGUUUUGGAUUAGUGCUUUUGGUAUCAUGCCGUGUACUUUGGAAAAUUUUGCAGCGGUGAUUAAUUCAGCCAUUUCUUUUUUUAUGGUGAUGAGAACGAUGGCUUGAAUUAUAUCAAACACCAUUUUUUCAGAGGAUUACAUCAAUCUUCAUUGCAAAGAACACAAUUACAAAUUAACACCGUUUUUGUCAAUCGAAUUAAUUUGUUUUGUGAUGACCAAUGGUCAU